GUAAGCUUUUACCAAAAUAGGUAAGAGGUUCGUGGUGGUGGAGGGGACUUGGAGAAGACUGUUUUUCUGCCAUGUGAAGUUUAUGCUUCUUACAUCUAGGGGGAGGUGUCCACGUGGGCAUGCCACAUAGUCAGAUACAAGAAUGUGGACUUCAAGGGAGAAGUCUGAGCUGGAGAUAGAAAGGCAGGAUUUAGCCACAUACGGCUGUAUUUACAGCACCCCAGCACUGCCCUAGAUUGGAGUUGUGGCUCUCUGAGUUAACUCACUUAACCUUUGUCUAUUUGCUCUGCUGAAAAACACUUAAAGAAUGCCUACCUAAAACGAGGAUAAAGGGGUCAAGUACGUGAAAAUGCAUUGUAAACUGUAAAGUACCAUUUAGACUGAAGAAAAAAAAAAAGCAGACAUUUCAUUGUACUAGGGAUGACGAAAAUCAGUUUGUGGACUCAACGAACCUCAUGCACCCAGAAUCAGAGAAAUGACAAAUAACAAUUAUUACCCUUUUUGGACUGUAGCCCAAUUUGUGUCACUACUAUUUUUAAUUUACAUGGCAUUCAAACUUUACCAAGAACCUCACAUACAUGAUCUUUUGGAGUUGCACAACAAUCUUGUGAGCAAGAUAUUUUGCAAUCCUCAACACAAAGGAGGAAACUGAGCCCAAAUAGGGUAGCUGACCUGCAGGGCGCGCACCAUAUUGAUAGUGACGGCAGAGCCAUACAAGCACCCAGACAUACUAGUUCAGAAUUGACCUAAAUCCGAACAAACCAUUCUCCAUCCACACAGUCCUCCGGAAACACGGAGGAGACAGUUGAGCUAUCCCAGCUCCUGGGGUUCCGUCAGCUGCCCUCGAUCCCCACGUCUCAAGUCAGGAUGGUACAGCCCUUUUGUCUUAUCGCGAGACUGGAAGCGUCGAGUCUCUGGUUGCCCGGGGAACCGCGUUCUCAGAAGCAGGGGCGCUUUGGCUCCGCAGCUCCUUUUACCUCCAGAGCAGCUGUGGUAGUAGGAAAGACCCCCGUCCUUUUUGCGGGACAGUGGGUGACGCUGCGAGUGUCUGCGGUGCGCUUGUGAGCCCUCAGGGCUCCGUCAACUGGCGACUAGCUCUCAGAGCUUCCUCCGGGAAGGACAUCAAUGGAUAUUAUAAAGGGGAACUUAGAUGGAAUUUCAAGACCAGCCUCACAUUCAAGAACCCGUCCUGGGAGCAGAUGUUCGAGUGCUUCUUUGGAGGUGCUCUCACCAGAGCCUGUGUCCUUCAAGGUUGAUACUGCAAUCAAGUUGAACUCUGAUGAAGAGGGCCCCUCAUUAAACAGUAAUCCAGAGGGAAGUAGGAGCUGCGAUGAUGAUAAAGGUGAAAACUACACCGAGAAAAUAAAACUGGCUGGAGAGGGGUCAGGUGAAGCUUUGAACUGGGCUCAACAUCAAAUAGUCUCUAAAUGUUCAGAUGAACCCAAAUUAAAAGAAUUAGAUUCUCAACUUCAAGAUGCUAUUCAGAAGAUGAAGAAGCUUGAUAAAAUAUUGGUGAAGAAACAAUGUAGAGAAAAAGAAAUUAAGAAGCAAGGUCUAGAAAUGAGAAUAAAGCUAUGGGAAGACCUUAAGUCUGCAAAAAAUAGUGAAGCUUUGCCAAGUAAUGAGGAAAUGGAAAAUACAAAAAAGUUUCUAGCUUUGACUGCUGCAUCAGAAGAAACUGUUGAUCCUUCUCGCCAUGAACAUGAAGACACCUUUUUCUCAGUGUUUCACACUCAAGUCCCUCCAGAAGAAUAUGAAAACCAUAUACAGACUGUCAGUCAAGAUUUUACCUGUGAUGUGAAAAGAAAUGAGCCAUUGGUCCAAGCAGAAAAGAGACCUUUCUCAAAUACAGAAAAGACUGAGCUCAGGGGUCAACACAGCCGGGAUUUUAUUAAGCGAAAUAUUGAGUUGGCCAAGAAUUCAGGAAAACCCGUGGUUAUGAUGGAUAGAGAGAAGAAAAGGCUGGCUGAACUUUUGAAGGACUUAGAUGAUAGAGAUUCUGGGCUGUCCAGUUCUGAGGGCGAUCAGUCUGGCUGGCUGGUCCCAGGCGAAGGAUACACACUUGAAGCCACCCAGCACCAGCAGCUCGCUGAAAUCGAUGUAAAACUCCAAGAGCUCUCCGCAGGCUCCCUGACAAUGCCUGGCUUUUCUCCAAGACUUGAAAAUCAGAAUGAUCAGGAACCUGACCUUAAUGAUGAUAAUAGAAAUAUGGAAAUAACUCCAGGGGAUGAGGCACUUCGGGACACCAAAGAGCAACGGGAUCAGGAAAAUCGGUUGAAAGAGAUAGAUGCAAAGCUGAGAAAGAUGAAGGAAAAUGUGUUAGAUUCAACAUCGCUUCUCUCUGAGGAACAGUUAAGGCAUCUUCUGGAUGAAUGCACAUUCAAACAAAAAUCCACAGUUGGACUUUCUUCGGAAAGAGAACAGAAAGAUAUUGAGAAUGUAACGCUCGAGUCUCCCCAGCUUUCCAGACCUACCCCUUCUGAGGCACUGACUGAGUCAGAAACGGAAGUCGAAAGCACUGAGACCGGAGACGCACAUGCGCCCGAGACUGCAGACUGCGGAGCCUCUCCAGGCUACUAUCUCAGCAAAGCCUUGUCUGGGCAGUACGUGUCACAAGCUCUUGUCAUUGAAGCUGAGAAUGUGAAAGGCCUCCAGUUUUCCAAUGACGGGGUUAUUAGUGACACGAAGGACUAUUUUAUGUCGAAGACUCUUGGCAUCGGAGGACUGAAAAGGCCUUCUUUUUUGGACGAUCCACUGUAUGGCAUGGAUGUGAGCCUUUUAUCCGAAGACCAACACCUGGCUCUCAGCCCUUCAGAGAAACCAGAACCAGGUGCAGAUGAGCAGGAGACUGAAGCUGUGAGAGAAGAACGUGAAGAACCUUAGGCAAAGCCUAGCUGAUGUGCGCUGGCAGAAAGUUGGUGAAUUAAAUUAAAUUAUACUUUUUCUGACUCUUUGAAUCCCUUGAAUGGAUUGUCGAGACCAUUUCUCAAAUAAUGACUUUAAUGUUUGGAUUCUCUCUUUCUGGAUUCCAGUUCCUUGAUAUUUGUGAGACUUUGGUAUUAUUGUUCAAUGGUUUUUCCUGGAAAAAAAUUUUUUUAUUGCUAACCUUGCAACAUCAGGGAUACAUAAUAGGAGCCAACAUUUUCUGUAUAUGCACUGUUUUAAAACUAGCUGACGUGCUGAUCGUUUGUACUUGAUUUUAUAUGUUACAACCUUAUUGUGAUUCAGAUUUAAUCACUGAAUUUUUGUUUGGUCCUGACUUUCCUUUUUCCUCCCCAAUUAAAUGCCUGUUAAGUACAAUUUGCCAUAGAAACAAAUAGAUUUUCUCAACAAAGCAAUGUUAAAGCAGGCUUUACUAUCUUAUUAGCAAUGAUACUUUACUUACACAGAAGUUUGAAUUAUUUGAUAUAUUACUUUAAGUUUGUUAUCUUUUAGAGUUUGCCUUUUAGAAUGCAGCAAAUAAAGAUCAACUACUUAAAAAAAUUCUGUGAUACUAUUUUAAGAGAGAGGGUUUGUCUAGUUACAAGUCAGUAACCUGGAUUCAUGAGAAAAUUUCAUGUCAACACUCCAUAUGAUGAAUUGGAAUUAGAACUAGAAGUCCAGUUUUUCUUCAUUAAAAAAAAUGAGCUGGCUAUUGUGCUGCCUUUAAUGAAAUUUGUAGUAGUGUAUUUGUAGCAUUAUUUUUUGCUUACA